GUUCUGUACGCUGAUUUGAGUAUGCAGGAGUGGAGAUACCAUUUACUGCAACACCCCAGUCAGCAAAAUGUCUUGGAUUGACCCUAACACUGCUGAGCCAACACAUGCCAGUUUAGAAUGAAUCGGGGAUGCAUAGAAAAGUACCAAUAGAUACCAAAGACAAGCUGUGCCUCUAUCCUGUACUUCAUUGCCUGGAGUCUUGCUGGAGUAUAUAAAGAAGAGGAAGAACAAAAAGGGCCAGAGAAAUUGGAGAAGGACCACAGAAAACAUGGAGUCCAAAGCAAAGGUGAAAAGCAGGAUCUUCAAACCAAAGCAGAGCAAAGUUGCAGAUGGCUGCCUCAGGGUUGGUGUAUUUUCCAAAGAAUUUUGCCCAAUGAAUGGUUCCAGGCUGCCUCUGGUUAGAGCCAUCAAUGAAGAUGAUGAGCAUGGUUGCAGGAAAGUGAAAGAUGCAAGUUUUGAGCAAGAGAUAUUGCUGACUCCUUCAGACAAUUCAGAGCCCUGUGCAUCCCAGCCUAUGAGAAGUCUUACAGUAGAGGAAUAUGCAAAGGCCUUUAAGUCAUUCUUAGAACAUUCCACUGAGCACCAAUGCAUGGAGCAAUUCAAUGAGGAACAACUGCCAAGUAUAGUGGACGGCCUUGGAAAUGGAAAAUCAACUAUUAAUGUUCUAGGUGUGGGAAGUGGCACAGGUGAACAGGACUUGAAAAUGAUUAGGAUCAUUCAGGCUAAGCACCCAGGAGCCUUGAUCAAAAAUGAGAUCAUAGAGCCCAACCCACAACACAUUUUAGCAUACAAAGAUGCAGUUAGGAAUUCUGACCUUAAGAAUGUCUCAUUUACUUGGCACCAACUGACAUCUAUGGAAUACGAAAAGCAGGUAACAGAGCAAAGCCCGAAAAAGAAAUAUGACUUCAUACAUCUCAUCCAGAUGCUGUACCGUGUGGAGAAUAUUGCAAGCACUAUCAAGUUUUUUCACAGCUGCCUAAAUAGUUAUGCUAAACUUCUGAUUAUAAUUUUGUCAGGUAACAGUGGAUGGGCCGCCAUGUGGAAGAAAUACAGACACUGUCUUCCCCCAACUGACUGUGGCCAUUACAUCACUGCAGAUGAUGUCAAAGUUAUCUUGGAGGGAAUGGGACUGGAAUACCAGAUUUAUGAGUUCCCUUCAGAUUGGGACAUCACUGAAUGCUUUACUGAUGGAGAUACCAUUGGAGGUCAUACACUGGACUUCCUGACAGGGACUAAAGACUUUAUGAACACAGCGCCCCAUGGCCUCAAGCAGAGUCUUCGGCAAGCUUUGGGCCAGCCAGAGUGCAGCAGCAAGAAGGAUGGAAGGAUUGUUUUCAGAAAUGAUUUGAGCAUGAUUGUGGUGAAUUCGUAAUACUGGUUGUUGUGCUUCCCUUCUGAUGGGCCAGCAGAUCCACUGAAUCAGUUAUCUGUUGUGAAGGUAAAUUGUUUGAUGCUGGAAAAGAGCAUGAGAUGGCCAAAGGGGAAGGCAAAAAAGAGCUGAACAUGAAGCCUCAUAGACAUAAAGAAAUUAAAAUAAACAUAGUAGUAAUUCCUUGCAGAUUUAUUUUUAAAAUGACACAUACCUAGUAUUCACAGUGUGAAAUUAAACGACUUUACACUGACUGCAUCUCAGUCAUAGGAAAGAGUCAGAACAUACAGCCUAGUAAUGUAUUUUGAGGAUGUCUAUAAAGUGAGGAAUCAUCAAUAUGUUCAAAUUAUAAGAAUGCAUAUGUGAGGAAGCAGAAGCAAACAUUAAAUUAUGUCAACAUAGAAGAAAAUAGUACAAGGACUAAUUUUUAAUUUGAUGUAUAAUGUUUAGAAAGUAGGAAAACCUGCAUUGGAUGUAUGGGCAUCUUUACAUUAUAUGUUCUCAGGUCAAUUAAUACAAUUAGUUCUAUAUUAUAUAUUAUAUUUGGAUAAGAAGGGUUUCUUUUGAUUGCCACGUACAGAUGCUGAAGACAAUCAGGCCUUAAAGCGAAAUGGAAUUUGUACCAUUUCCCUGUUCAGGCCCACAGCAAGGAUGGGUGAAGGUACACCAGGCAGCUUCUAUGCAGCUGUCUGAGGAAUUAGACUGAGAAAUUCUAGAGUUUCAUUUCCUCUUAGUAUGAGGCAUCUUCCUUUGUUAUUGUUAUUGAAUACUACUGAUAUGUAGAUUGCUUAAUCCCCCUCCCCCAAAUGCAGUGGAUUUGGAAGAGAAGAUGGAUGGUGCAAACACUGUGCCAGUUGGGAAGAAGAAAAAUUACU